AUGAACGCGCAGCUGACCAUGGAGGCGAUCGGCGAGCUGCACGGGGUGAGCCAUGAGCCGGUGCCCGCCCCUGCCGACCUGCUGGGCGGCAGCCCUCACGCGCGCAGCUCCGUGGGGCACCGCGGCAGCCACCUGCCUCCGGCGCACCCGCGUUCCAUGGGCAUGGCGUCCCUGCUGGACGGCGGCAGCGGAGGCAGCGAUUACCACCACCACCACCGCGCCCCUGAGCACAGCCUGACUGGCCCCCUGCACCCCACCAUGACCAUGGCCUGUGAAACUCCCCCAGGUAUGAGCAUGCCCACCACCUACACCACCUUAACCCCUCUGCAGCCGCUGCCGCCCAUCUCCACUGUGUCUGACAAGUUCCCUCACCACCAUCACCACCACCAUCACCACCACCACCCACACCACCACCAGCGCCUGGCGGGCAACGUGAGUGGUAGUUUCACUCUUAUGCGGGAUGAGCGCGGGCUAGCCUCCAUGAAUAACCUCUAUACCCCUUACCACAAGGACGUGGCUGGCAUGGGCCAGAGCCUCUCGCCCCUCUCUGGCUCCGGUCUGGGCAGCAUUCACAACUCCCAGCAAGGGCUUCCCCACUAUGCUCAUCCCGGAGCGGCUAUGCCCACCGACAAGAUGCUUACCCCAAAUGGCUUUGAAGCCCACCACCCUGCCAUGCUCGGUCGCCACGGAGAGCAGCACCUCACGCCCACCUCGGCCGGCAUGGUGUCUAUCAAUGGCCUUCCUCCGCACCAUCCCCAUGCCCACCUGAAUGCCCAGGGUCACGGACAGCUCCUGGGCACAGCCCGGGAGCCCAACCCUUCGGUGACCGGCUCGCAGGUCAGCAAUGGAAGUAAUUCAGGGCAGAUGGAAGAGAUCAAUACCAAAGAGGUGGCUCAGCGUAUCACCACCGAGCUCAAACGUUACAGCAUCCCACAGGCCAUCUUCGCGCAGAGGGUGCUCUGCCGUUCCCAGGGGACCCUUUCGGACCUGCUGCGAAACCCCAAGCCCUGGAGCAAACUCAAGUCCGGCCGGGAAACCUUCCGGAGAAUGUGGAAGUGGCUGCAGGAGCCAGAGUUCCAGCGCAUGUCCGCGCUCCGUUUAGCAGCUUGCAAAAGGAAAGAGCAAGAACACGGGAAGGAUAGAGGCAACACCCCCAAAAAGCCCAGGCUGGUCUUCACAGACGUUCAACGUCGAACUCUACAUGCAAUAUUCAAGGAAAAUAAGCGUCCGUCCAAAGAAUUACAAAUCACCAUCUCCCAGCAACUGGGGUUGGAGCUGAGCACUGUCAGCAACUUCUUCAUGAAUGCGAGGAGGAGGAGUCUGGACAAGUGGCAGGACGAGGGCAGCGCCAGCUCAGGCAACUCAUCGUCCUCAUCGAGCACUUGCACCAAAGCAUGA